GAAACAUCAGAAAAAAAUCGAAAACGAUUUAAGUAAUUUGGAAUUUUUGUGCAACUUCAUUUCAUUCGUGAAAAAAAUUGAUAAAUGAGGGAGAUUGUGCAUAUUCAAGCUGGCCAAUGUGGAAAUGCUAUUGGAGCCAAAUUCUGGCAAGUGAUCUCCGACGAGCACGGGGUGGACCCUUGCGGUAACUACCAGGGAAGCAGCGACCUGCAGCUAGAGCGUAUCAACGUCUACUACAACGAGGCAUCCGGUGGAAAUUUCGUGCCCAGAUGCGUCCUCAUAGACCUGGACACCAUGAACCUGAACGUCGUACGAGCAGGUCCCUACGGUCAACUGUUCAGACCCGACAACUUCAUCUGGAGCGAGGGGGGCGCCGGUAACAACUGGGCCAAGGGCCACUACACCAACGGCGCCGAAAUAGUGGACGCUAUCCUAGACGUCAUUCGGAAGGAAAGCGAAGGCUGCGAUCUGCUCCAAGGGUUUCAGAUGUCCCACUCCCUCGGUGGUGGAACUGGGUCGGGUCUUGGUACCUUAGUGGCUGCCAAAAUUCGGGAGGAGUACCCUGACAGGAUGAUCUAUACGUAUUCCGUUUGCCCCUCUGCUUCAGUGUCAGAUUCCCUCGUGGAGCCUUACAAUACGACACUGGCUAUCAACCAGCUGAUCGAAAGUUCAGACGAGACCUUCUGCAUCGAUAACGAAGCUUUAUACGACAUUUGUUUCAGAACCUUAAGGCUAACCGCGCCCUCUUUGACCGAUUUGAACCAUUUGGUAUCGGUGGCCAUGGCUGGGGUUACCACUUGUUUCAGGUUUCCAGGACAGCUCAACGCAGAUCUGAGGAAAUUGGCAGUCAAUACAGUCCCUUUCCCAAGGCUCCAUUUCUUCAUGUGUGGCUUUGCACCCUUGACCUCCCGCGGUGGUCAGCAUUACAGAGCCUUAUCCGUUCCUGACUUAACCCAGCAGAUGUUCGAUUGUAAAAACAUGAUGGCCGGUUGCGAUCCAAGACACGGAAGGUACCUAACCGCGGCCACCAUUUUUCGAGGAAGGGUUUCGAUGAAGGAGAUUGACGAACAGAUGGUCAACGUGCAGAUGAAAAACAGCAGUUAUUUCGUGGAUUGGAUCCCUCAUAAUGUGAAAAUUGCCGUGUGUGAUAUACCGCCAAGAGGGCUUAAACUAUCGGCUACUUUUCUGGGAAACACCACGGCCAUACAAGAAUUAUUCAGGAGGAUAUCGCAACAGUUCACGGCCAUGUUUCGACGGAAGGCGUUCUUACAUUGGUACACCGCUGAGGGAAUGGACGAAAUUGAAUUUACUGAGGCUGAAUCCAACAUGAAUGACCUCAUAACCGAAUAUCAGCAAUACCAGGAGGCUACUUUAGGAGAAGACGAUUAUGGUGAAGCUGAGGAGGAGGAAGAAGAGUGAAUCCAUCGAUAUUUUAAGUUUAAAGUUGAAAUGGCUACAAGUUUUUUCGCUGUUUCUUAUUUUGAUUGUUCAGUUUCAAUUCCGCGCAUGUAUUUCGAUUUUGUUUGCUGUUUUACCUUUUUUACAAUAAAAAAUUGCCUUUUAUUACUGAUCAAUAGACUG